CCGGGUUCUUGUGCGCGAGCGUCCGUUCUGUAGAAGCUAAGGUAAAAUAAAAUAAUCAGUGCUGUUACAAUGGCGGCGAGUGAAGAAGAAGCCCAAAUGAGGACGAUAUCACAACUUUCGGAUCAAGCAAUCCGGCAUUACGAGGGCCUGAGGAAAGAGCAUGAGAAAACCAAAAAAGAGUGUAAGCAGCUGAAGCAGGAGAGAGAUGAGGCCUUGAAGAAGCUGGAAGAUUUUGAAAGAGUGUCGCAUAUGGUGCUGAAGGAGGUCAAUAGCAUGCAGGAGAACCUGGAGGUUGAGAAGAUCUGCAGGCAGACGGUGGAGGCAAUGGCGACUAAGCUAAACAGACAAAACCGCUCUCUGAAGAGGAAAAGUAUGAUGUACUUGGCUCAUCUAGAUGCCAACGUCAUUGCAGAAAUCAACCUCAAUGAUGACACGGAUGAAGAAAAUCAUAAGGAGGCGGAGCCUGGAACCUGUAACUCCUCCCACUGUCGGCUUGUCCUGUCUGAGUUGAGGAAUAAAUUAGAGUCGUCUCUGGAGGAGAAGAAGCUGUUAGCCAUCGAUCUGGAGACCACAAGAGAUCAGCUGCACAAAACCAGAGAGGAGCUCCUGCGAGAAAAACACGAUAAUACUGUUUUGAUUGCCGAAACGCUUCAACAAAAGAAGCUCUUGGGGAAGUAUAACAGAGUGUCUCGGUAUGCGGUGGAGGAGUACGAGGCCUUGCAGGCUGAUCUGGAGCUGGAGAAGGAUUUGCGUGUAGAGGCAGAGAAUUUUGCACACAAGAUGUUGGUGGAGAAGAAGAAGCUCAAGAGACAGAGUCAGGCAUUGAUGCAGAGUGUGUCACCUUCUGAAGCUCUGGAUAAAGCUCUCAAAGAGAUCGCUGCACUCACACACACUAUGGAAACACAGCAGUUGGAGCACCAACAACAGCUGAAGCGUUUGGAGGAUGAACUGCGUGGCUCUGAGUUGCGGAAGCAGUUGGCUGCACUGGAGAGGAAGACAGCUGUACUGGAGGAAGAGCGAAAAGAUUUUAUGGAGAAAAGUUCCAGAGCUGAGACUGAGGCCAAGGACCUCCGCUUCACUGUGGAGGAACUGCAGAAAAAGCUACAGCAGGUGUCAAAUCCUGUACCUGCCCCAGCUCCCCCUCCUCCUCCUCCUCCUCCUCCACCUCCUCCUCCUCCUCCACCUUCAGUCUCAGCAAACCCUCUGAGCUCACUCAUGUCAUUACUUCGUAAGAAAAAAGGCACCAAUUGUGACAUUCCUUUAGUAGAGAGAGACGCAGCACCGAAAGAUCCAGAGAAGGACGUUAGACAACAGGCUGUGUCCGAGAUGAUGGAAAGAAUUAAAAAGGGCAUUCAGCUGCGGCCAGUUGGCCAGACAGUCAACAAGGCCAGACCACAACAGAGGGAGCGAAUGCCGUCCGGCUCUGCCAUUCAGGAACUUAAAGGGAUUUUGUCCACCGUGAAACGCCCCACCCCCUGCCCCUCCCCUCCUGCAAGACCCUCCUCCCCGGAUGCACAGUCUGAGCUCCAGAAAGUCCUAAUGAAACGACGAGGCGUGCUGGAGACUGCAAACGAUAACACAGUGUCAGCUCAACCCUUUUCCAGCAGUGUUCUGGAUAUGACCCGGGUUAAGAUACCUCCCACCACCAGUGCUGAUAAAAGUGUCAUUAAGGACAAAACGCAACACUGACACCUGAACACCUACACAAACCUGAGCUCUUACUUACUAUGGCAGUAGAUAAACAAGCAUGGCUAUGGUAUUAAACCGAGGGGACAAACCAGGAGCUGUCGUCAUAACCCUACAAACCAUCAGGAACCCUUGAUCUGGAAAGCAGUCCAACUGGAGCUGGAAAAGCCUUCAAAUUUUUGUUUGCACUAAUAAAUAGAAACACUUUAAACCUGUUAAUGAUGUUUCCAUGUAGGUCGUCCACCUUGAAUCCAUACCAAUUUUGAAUCAGUUACCAAUGUUGAAUUUAUUUCACUUCAUUGACAUCAUCACACAGUAAACGCUUUACCGUUUGGAAGGCACCAGGAUGUCCUCAUGAUUAAAUAUCUUGUGUUUGAGUGUAAAUGUUUCUUUCUGAAGUCACUGUUUACUGUUAAUGGUUUGUUUGUAGUUGUUCAAGAGCAUAACAGGAGACUUUAACCAAAGAGAAAGCCGUUGUCAUGUUAUUACAUCUGGGACGUGAGAAUGAAGCAACUGUCCAUUCUGUGGCCAUUGCUGCUCAUGUAGGGUUGAAAAGUUCAUGAUACGAAUAUUGGUACGUUAAAAAAAAAACCAUAUAGAUGCCUUCUCUGUUUUGGGCCAGUAAUAGAAUUCAGUGUAAAAUCGUCCAAAAUAAAUUCAAUAACGUUAUUCAUAAAUUAACGAAUCUUUCAUCAAAAGAAUUUUUAAUCCUGUGACAUAUUACAUUCCUUACUCUUUUUUUUUUCAUUUAUUUGAGGUCUUUUUAGCAUGUUGUUGAUUAUUAAGGUGGUGUAGCAGUAGUGGUUCCUCUGCUAGUGAAAUAAAAUCUAGUUUUUCCCACAGACAUUGGAGAUUGCUCGAGUUAUAUCGCGGUGCCAUUUGAGACAAAAGUUAUUCACACAUGUUUUGUGUGCAUGAAGAGAGUUUGGAGACGAGCACAGGAGCUUAGCCUUGAACGCUCGCCAAGUGUGUGUAUUUUGAAUGGCUGUGUCUAGACCACUAUUAAUCCUCUAUACACCCAAUCAGUAAUUACAGGGCGCUGGACAUCUUUCUUCUCGUCUGUCUCUAACUCUCCUGAUUGUUGUGGUUUUGUCAAACUGUGACGUUUUUCCUUUUUUCUCUCUCAUUGCUGUUGUAUCGCCUUUUUAUUUGUCAGUCUUUUUACCUUUCUACAGAACAAUAGAUGGCUCUUUUAGAAAUACAGAAAGUCAAUCUUGUUACUCUCAGGUUAAAAAUGAUGAAUGUAAUCUCAGGGGAAAAAAAUAUUUUUUUUUAUUUUCUGUCAAGGAAUUUGAAGAAACUUAAAAGUUGCAUAUUAACACCAAAACACAAGUAGUGUUAUUUACCAUAUGACUCAACAUUCACAGGUUAAGCUUGCAAAGUCUUCGAUUCUGUAUUUUUUUUUCUGUUUUGAUUAAUCAAAAUAUGUCUAAAACCUAAUAAACUAAACACUCUUAGCACAAAUGCUUGGUAUUUGCACAAGCAUUGUGUUAUAAAUCUGAUUUAAAAAAUGUUUCUGUCCAUUAUAUAAACUGUGAAAUCAUGCAAGUGUUUACUACUGUAUGUGAAUAUAUUUGCUGAACAAAUGUUAUUAAAUUCUUAUGAUAUAUU